GGCGCCUGACUGAGCUCUUAUUUCAGGGCCAUGACUGCUGCCCGAUGCUCUUCAACUAUGAUGACCGUGGCUGCUUGACCUUCGUCUCCAAACUAGACAUUCCCAAACAGAGCAUCCAGCGCAACAUGUCUGCCAUGGAGCGCUUCCGCAACAUGGACAAGAGGGCCACGACUGAGGACCGCAACACAGCCCUGGAGACGCUGCACCAGAAUAGCAUCACUCAGGUGUCUAUUUUUGAGGUGGACAAGCAAGAUUGUCGCAAAUUUUGCACUACUGGCAUCGAUGGAGCCAUGACGAUUUGGGAUUUCAAGACCUUAGAGUCUUCCAUCCAGGGCCUCCGGAUAAUGUGAAGCUGAGUGAGCCUCCCAGAUCCAGCGUGACAAACAGACAGACUCACAGACUGACAAAUGCGCUGACGCAGCCCCGCCGUGUGCAUGGUGGUGAGGAGAGCCAGCCGCAAGGAGACACUGAAGACACGUUUCGCGCAAAUACCGUUUGUGUGUUUUUGUUUGAAUAUAACUGGUGAUGACAGUGUUGGUUUUUUAAAAGCAGCCGUGAUUUGGGUUUUUCUGUUUUUUUGUUUUUGCUAUUUCAUUCCAUUCUUGACCAAAGCUUCUCUUUAAGUAGUUUAUUAUGGAAAAUUGUCACACUAACUUAAAGGAAAGGGUGGGAGACAUGUCCCUUGUCCGCUAAACAAAUAAAAAUACUGAAUGUGU